AUGUUCCUGCAGCAUCACACAACUGAAACUGCAUCAGACGGGUGCUUGUCGCCCAGGGUAUCCACCCCUGACAGCCACUACGGCUUAACAGUUUCCAGUCCCUUGUCCACAUCUUCGGAUCCGGGAAUGUCGUCUCAGCCGUACACCCCCAACUACUACAACAGGCAGGACAGUUGGGGAUCCAGCCAGGACUACUAUGGAGAGAACAACAACAUCUACAACAAGUACGACUGUAAGUACAAGUCCCAGAGGCUGGAUUCUUCCAGCUCCAUGUCCGCCUAUGGCAGGCAGGGGUACUACAGCGAGAGUAAGUACAAGAAGGAGGGUGGUAGGAAGAGUGCGCAGCCCCAGGCGGGGCUGGAGGUCAUGAGGAAGAGGAGGUUGGCGGCUAACGCGCGCGAGAGGAGGAGGAUGAACAGUUUGAACGACGCCUUCGAUAGGCUUAGGGACGUGGUGCCGAGUUUGGGGAACGACAGGAAGUUGUCCAAGUUUGAGACGCUGCAGAUGGCCCAGACGUACAUCGCUGCUUUACAUGAGUUGUUGCAGAGGGAUUAG